AUGCGUGUGCGGCUGUACAUCUGCCUGGGAAGUCUCGCCCUCAUGCAGGUGCUCCUGCUGUUCAUGCGGUCCAUCUCGAGAGCCACUUCGGAGACUGGACCGGCGAGUGCUGGGACGAACAAGCUUGUAAGGCAGCCCAAAGAUGGCUCAUGGUGGUGCCCAGAUUGCUCUGGCGAGCUGUGCGACCGCAAGUUUCUCUUCAUCGUGGCGACGGGCAGGUCGGGGUCGUCCACGCUGCUGAACAUGGUGAACCAGGUUCCCGGCUUCUUCCUCUGGGGGGAGAACCAUGGGGCACUGGGUGGCCUCGCGCUCAUGCAGCAGAGGUUCUUGGAGGCGGCCAACCAGACCUGCCCCGGCAGCGCUCCCUUGGAGACGCCUCUCCGCUGCUCCAAGCUGCUCCGCAACGCGCGGGAUGUGGUGUGGGAGUGGCUGGCUCCACCCAGCUUCCAGAGCGACUGGAAGAGGGUGGAGGUGCGGGGCUUCAAGGAGCUGCGCUGGAAUUCGACGAUCUUUCAGUUCAUCCGCAGGUCCUGCCCUUGCAGCCGGCUGAUCUUCAGUUUUCGGCUGGACCUGGAGGCCCAGACCCACUCCGCCUUCUUCAAGAGGAGCAAGAAGACAAAGGAGGACCUCCUUGCCCGAAUGGAGGCGACCUCGGCUUUGGUGGCCCAAUCAGGGCUUCCGGUCUACAGCCUCGCGCUGGAGAACUUCACGGCCGCGGAGUUCACGCGCCUGGCGCGGUGGCUGGGAGCCCCCUGCACCUUCGACACGGUCUACAACACCAACAGCGGCGGACACAUUGAUGCCGCGACAACGCAGGCUAGAUGUCUGUAG